AUGGUCCGAGAGGAGAGAGAUAUCGCCUGCGCCCUGAGGACGCAGGUGGACUUUCUGCUCGGGAACCACAUGCUGCUGCGGUCCGGCAACCGCCUGCCGAUGGAGUUGGCAGACUGCUUUCCCCUGGACUUACCCAACGAGGGCUUCAAGGCCCAGGGUAGAAAAGGCGGAAAGGUUUCCGUCUUCCAAAGAAGCGAAGACUGGUAUGAAACGAAGGUGCUCCGCCGAUCGGCGAAGGAGCCUCAAGCUCCGUUGUCGGGCCAGACUGCCCGAGAAUGGACGUCCAGGUUCUACAAGAAGGCCGGCAUCAAGGUCUCCAAGGUCAGCCACGCGCCUAGAGUGGCCGCGACGCAAAACGCCGACAUGGCCGGAGUGGAUGAAGGCCAGAUCCGCCGAGCCGGUCGUUGGAAUAACGGAGACCAAAUGACCGGCUGCUAUCUGACUUCCUGCCUUUCGAAUUCGCGAGGGCCGUGGCCGACUUUGACCCUGAAUGGUCGGGGUCUUAUUUCGUGCCCCGGCCACCUAGCCCUUUCUCAGAUCUCGGGUGGAGCAGAACAUGGCGCCGGCGCCUUCUUGGAACUCCUGGAGUGGCUUCGAGAGGUGCUCCUGCAGGACGCUGUCUUCCUUCGCGAGUCCUACCCCGACCAUCCUAUCUUUCAGGAUCCGGUCUUCUCUUGCCCCGAGUUUGAAGCGUUCGCCAGCAAAGUUCAAGACACAUGCACACGGGACCACGAAGACAGCCAUACCACGGUCAUUCAAAAAGCGAUCCCGGUGGUUGCGGAGAAGCUGCGCACAUUGGAUGAGUUUGCGCAGGCGACCUACACCGUCACCUUCAGCCCCGGCCAAGGUGCUGCAGGUCAACAUGCGGAGAUCGCGGGAGCUCAUCAACAGAGGCGCCGCGCUCCACGAGAGACGGUCCUCAGGUCCGAGAUAGGCCCUUCGCAAGCGGGCGAGAAGAAUUACUUUUCCACGCGCAAGAUCAUCGUCGAUGAGGCCAUCCGAAAGGACAGGCAAGGCGAAAAAGGGACACAAACGUGCGUCGGGGCAAUUCAACGUCGGUGGUAG